UCAUGUAAAAGCAAUUUCAAUCCUCUGUUACUUCUUUAGGAUAAAUAGCAUAAUAAUAAGAAAUAUAGAAUCCAAUGGUUGAAUCAAAAAUGACAUCUACUAUAUUCAAUGUGCCUAGAAUUCUUGAUAAUUAUAAUGAAUUCAAUUCUCAUAACAUUCCAAAAGUAUAAGUUAAUUUAAUUAGAUCAAUUGUUUCUAUCAUCAAGGUUAUACUUAUUCAAACUUUUGUUAACUUGAAGGAUGUUGUUUUCCAUUAUGUCCUGAAUGUAUUCCUUAACAUGCAGAUGAGCAUUAUGAAUAGAAAUCUUAACCUAAAUUAGACAGUCUAGAAAAUGUUUUAAAUAAAGCAUAAAUAACAGUUCAUGGGGAAUGUAACAUUUAUUAAUAUUUUCAAGGCAAUAAUUUAGCAUCUUACUAUUAAAAAAUUUCUAAUUCUGUAUUAAUGGCUGAACAAAUGAAUAUUUAAUGCAUUAAAUAUUUAAAUGAGAAAAAAGAUAGGAUUAUUAAGAUUAUUGAUUAAUAUUUCAAUUCAUUACUCAUUGAAGUUUAAGGAAAACACUAGAAAAAUAUUGAAAAUUAUAAACGAGAUGCUCAAUUUUUCUAAUAGGUAAUUAGAGAUAGAUGGAAAUCACAUUUUGAAUUAUUAGAAAGUUUCAAAAAUUAGGAUUGUAUGAAACCACUAAUAAGAUUUUUGAAAUCUAAAACUCUAUAAGAAAACGAAUAAUAUUUUAUAUAAGCAUAAGAAUUUACAGAACGUUAUGCUCAUUAUUAAACUAAAGUUAGCUUUGAUUCUGAAAAAUCGUAUAUAUAUAUCUCUAUUUUAGUGCUUAAUUAGGUGGAUUUAUAUCAGAUUUUCUUAAAGUGAUUAAUUAUGAUCUACCAGAAUAUGUAAAUAUACAUAAAUUAGCACCUCCAGAGAUAACUAAUUAGAAAUCUAAUGUUGGAUCAGUAAAUAAUAGUAAAGCAUCAAUAAGAUAGUCAGAACAAAAAAUUACUUAAAGCUAAAUAAAAAGUGGACGAGAAAUUUCAUAAUAAGUAUAAUUCAUGAAUUAAUCAUCGAAUCCCAAUAAUUAUAUGUAAUAAAGUUAACAAUAAUAUGGAUCAUAGAGAUAAAUGAGAAAUAAUUAUGGGGAAUAACCAAGUUUGGGUAAUUUAGGAUCAAGAAAAUAUUGA